GGAGCACUAUCCAAAUCUAAAGUCUGCUGAUGCGACCGGGGGCUUUUCAGCUCGUCAAUGGAUUUCUGUACAUCCCGCAGUUGCCUUUCAAGGUCUGCGUUCUUUCUCAUCAAUUCUUCACUGUAUUUGGACGAGCUGGGCUCGAUAUUCAGCUUCCCACUUCCUCUCGGCCUGGUCGGUACCACUAUAUUGCUUAGGGCGGGUGAGUUUCUAGUCGCCAUAACCGCAGCUGGUUGUGCAUCCCUGUUCAGCAAAGGAAUCAGGGGGUCAUCAGGGAUUAAACGGGCAAGGAUUCUUCCUAUUGCCAUUUCGAGAACUCUGGUUCUCUCUUCGAGCUCGGUUGUCCGAGCAGGUUCUGUUGACCUUUCAGGUCGUUCACGCUGUGCAUUGUUCGGUCUGGCAGAUCUUUGUCUCGUUCCUGUUGGAGCUUGGAACUGUUCAGGCUGGGUUGCAUACCCAGUUGGUGUUCUCUCAUCAUCCGUCUCACUUAAGUGAUCCUGUUCGGCUCCUCCUACAAAAAGAUUU